AGUGUCUGGACCAGAGCCGACCCGGGACGGCCGUCCUCCGACAUUUUCCUGCGUGUCCGUGGAAACGGCCUCACUGGGAUGGAGAAGGAGGUUCACGAAGGUUCCUGCCGUUGACUUGGUGAGCUCUGGAGAACGACGCUUUCGGUUCGCAAAUGGACACGAUGAGCAGCGGGGAGGAGGAGAGGCCCUCGCUGAGGAGAGAAGUUCGAAUCCCGGUGGAGAGAGGCGGGAAUACCAGGACCUUCAGGGGACUUUUGAAGAGGUCGACUGGGCGCCUCCGCAGAGGGAGGGAGGUGCAGGCUCACCUAGUGGAGGGGGGAAAGAACCUGGCGGCGUUUUCCUCUGGGCUGCUGCUGGCCUCUCUGUACGGACUCAUGGCCGUCUUCCUACAGAAGCAGUCUUUGUGGUUUUGCGUCUACACCACGGUGGUGCUGGCUGGCCUGGCGGCGUUCAGCAUGGGACUGUCGGCAGGUGCCCGCGCCAACAUUACAGUGAUGCUACCAUCAAUGUGUUCAGCUCGAGGCCGGAGUUUCAUCCUGCUUCUGUUUAUGUCGCUGCUGCUGUCCGGACCACUGGACAACACAUUAGAGAACACGGAGCGGGCCGCCUCCAGCCUGCUGUGUGGAGCCGAGGUGGCGGCCAAUCAGACAAAAGAACUGAUGCAGAAAGCAGCCACACCCCUUUUUUCCGUGAUGGACGACAUCAGAGAGAUCAGCAGCAACGCUCGCGCCGUCGCAGGACGAGUCCAGGACUUCAUCAACGCGCUGACCGACAGCGUUCGGCACGUCGCUCGCACUCUGAGGAACGUGCUCCACUUCCUGGUGGACAUCGGGGACAUCUGCAACGACAACCUCGGCGUUCCUCACAGGAAGUGUCGGGAGCUGUUUGCCGGGGCCCGCAGCGACUGCGCUGACCUGCUGGGGGACUUCAACUUCCUGUGUGACAUCUUGGACACCUUCUUGCCGCUCUGCAACAUUGCUCGUGCCGGUGAGUUCUUCUGCAUCAUCCCCUCCUACCUGGCCGCUCACCUGAAGCAGCGGUUGGCAGAGCCCACAGUCGCAGCUUUCAGGAAGAUGAUGCGAGAAUUCGACUUCAACAUCUCUGCGUCCGUGAAGCUGGACCUGGACGUGAACAGCAGCCGCUCCGUGCAGCAGGUCUCUCAGGACAUCAUGAACGAGAUCUCAUCCGACCUGCGAGUGUUUGAGAAGCUGAGGGAGCCGCUGGUGUACUGCAGCCUCCUCCUGCUCGCCUGCUCCUUCCUGAGGGCUGUGCGGUACAGGCGCAGGUAUCUGCGUGAUCUCAACUUCGACAACAUUUACAUCACGGCUCAGUUCAGAGAGCUCGACGAGCUUCUGAGCUCAGGGGGCGGAGCUUCAGUGCUACCACUGACACGGAGGGAGGCCAACACCUACAUCACCCCACGGUCCUUGCAGCUGUCCUUCAGGGAGCGGCAUGCUGUCCUGGUGGGCGUGGCCUCUGUCCUCAGACACACGCUGAUGGGCGGCCUGCUGGUGGUUCUGGACUACCUGGUGUUCUGGAUUCUGGAUCAGGUUCACCUGCAGGUCAAGGGGGACGUGAUCGCCCGAGCUCCGGUCAGGGUGGCGGUGCAGGUGAACGGGUCGGGUUACGCCUCGGACAUCUUCAGAGAUCUAGUGGCUUCGUUUGACAUCCUGCAGGGAGGAAACGUCACCGUCAUCAGCAGGAAGUGCCUUCUGGAGCCGCUGCAGCCCGACGCCUCCACCUGCUGUCUCCUCGGGUUCCUGCUGGCUCUGGCCCUGUGUGCGUCUCUGACCGGGGGCUUCGUGCAGCGCUGCAGGCGGCUGGUUUGCGCCUCCUACCAUCCGGAGCGAGAGCAGGAGAGGAUCCUCUUCCUCCACAAGAAGAUCCUGGAUCAGAGGAGAGCGGCCGGCUCGGCUCUGAGGAGGGCGGCGGUGCGGUCCCGAGGUCACCGGGAGCGAGGAGGUCGUCUUCGGGCUCUGCUGAUGCGGUUACCUGGAGGAGCUUACCUGGUGCAGGUGUUGGGCCUGGCGUCCUCAGUCACCUGUUUGUCAUGUGGUGAAACCGUAAAGGUGAGGGAGCCCGACACGGUGACCUGCAGCACGCCGCAAUGUUCAGGCGUGUUCUGUCGGCCGUGUUUCCAAAGUUUGGGAGGCGUGUGCUUCAUCUGCCAACGACCUCCGACCUUCCAGGAAGACGAGGAGGAGGAGCUAGACUCCAGUGAUGAAGAACCGCUGUCCCUGAACGCAACACUCAGCACCGACACGAGGAGGAGGAAGAUCUCCAUGGCAACACGUGGCCCCACACCCGGAGGAGGCGAGGAAGAUGAGUCGGAGCGCAGAGACAGCAGCGUCCACAUCCUGGUCGGGUCGGAGCUCAGUUUGGCUGCUGUCAGUGAAGCAGACAUGGACUACCAGAACUUAUCCGGGUCCGACGACUCUGACAGCGACGAUUCUUUUCAUCUGGCUCUGUCUCCAGAAGCCUUCAUCCUCCAGAACCGAUCUCCUGCUCCACAUCAGGACCACGAGUCCUGAAGCUCCAUUAAAGAGAUGAAACCCAAAGAGGUUCUGAAUGUGCUGGUCAGCAGGCAUGAGCAGCUUUCAGGUCUCCAGGGAAAGCGUGAGAUUGUCUGCACAACGUCUGCGCAGCUGACACUCAGCCAUCAGAACCCAAGAACUGGAGAGGCAGAACUCAGCAGCUUAUCCUGAAUCUUUGCUUGUUUUAAACUGGUUCUGAUCCCUUUUGGAUGGAACAAUCCUUUCUGAUCAUCCAUCCAUCUGCUUUUCCGGUUCUGGGUCAUCAAGGAACCUGAGUAAAGCAGAAACUUCCUCCAGUUCUGCUGGGAACUCCAGUAGCAGCAGCUGCACCACCUCUCCACCUGUCAAUCUCCCGCUCCAUCCUUUUCUCACUCGUGAAGAAAACUCCAACCUACUUCUCCUCCUCGACUUGGGAGGGGAGCCCCCACCACCCCAAUCUGCAGGUCCAGAGACACCGUCCCGGACCUCCACACCAUGGAUGAUUCUGCUUGAUGGUAAAUAUUCUGCUCUGUUCUCCAACAGGAGAUCCUCAUGAACUAGAGACGUCCUGCUCGACUUGGACUCGUGACUUGUUAGUCUGGACCUGUUGGCUGCAGAGCAGAAACUUCACAUUUAGAAAAAGUUGAAACAUCUGAGCAUAAAACCAGAAAAAAGCCUGCUAAACCAGCAUCAGCGAGUCCUACAGGAAUUAUGGGAUGUCGCCUUUAGAACUUCAUGGAUCCACAGGGGAAACUUCUCAGCCACCGUAGCUUCAUUAUUGUAGAAAAGCCACAACACGCAAAUACCGCAAUGAUAUUCCAGCUGACAGGAAGCAGCUAAACCUUUCAGAAUAAAGGCAUUUUCACCAGA